CACGUCCAUCGUCCCCUGCAGCUCCAGCAUUAUUAACCGUGUCUCAACCCUCCACAGCUGCCUACCUAGACCUAGACAGCAUUUUCGGCCGCCGCGUGCACGUUCCGAGUCAGCAACCCUAAAAAUGCCGUAGGUAAGCAGCUCGCUAGAAUUUGAGACACGGCCAUUUUCAGUUUCCAAACAGCGCCCGUGCUCAGAAUAAGUUGGCUCAUUGAAUAGUAGGCAUGACGGAGGCCGAUCCUGCGGUGAAAUUCAACCCGCCGGACUAUAAGAAGCUGACGCGACUCUACUGUAUGAAUGGAGGAUUUCACCUUCAGAUCCUGGAGGACGGGACUGUGGCAGGAGAGCGAGAGGAAGACAUCUACAGCAUACUGCGCAUAAAAGCAACUAGUCCUGGAGUGGUGGUCAUUGAAGGAGCAGAGACAGGACUUUACCUCUCUAUGAAUGAAGACGGCAAGCUGUACGCUUCAUCAUUAGUAACAGAUGAAAGUUAUUUCUUGGAGAGGAUGGAGGAAAACCACUACAACACGUAUCAGUCGCAAAAGCACGGCGAGAACUGGUACGUCGGGAUAAAAAAGAACGGAAAAAUGAAACGCGGCCCAAGAACGCACAUUGGACAAAAGGCCAUUUUCUUUCUCCCUCGACAGGUGGAUCAAACAAAGGACUGAGGCCUGAAACCUGAAACCUGAUCGUAUUUAAUCAGACAGAAUAAGCGCUGACACUUUACAAUAAGAUUCUGUUUGUUAACAUGAGUUAACUACUGUAGAUUUCAACGUUAUUACAAUCAAAAGUUGCUGCACCUAAACAUGAACUAACAAUAAAGUUAAAUAUAAAUACUGUAUAAUAAAUACUGUAGCAUAUAUAUUGCUCAUUGUUCAUGUGAGUUAAUGCAUAGCUAAUAUUAACUAAUGGACACUAUUGUAAAGUGUUAGUAAAUCACCACAUAAUCCGCUGUGGAAUCACAGGAUUGCUCUAUUAACAACAUAUGACAGACAUCCAAAUAUACAGUAUAUGCAGACUAACAGAAGUUUACUAACCCUUGAAUGUAUGUCAGAAUGUACUAUUUAAAUAUGCACUGACAAAGAAACAUAAUAUAUAGAAUAAAACUACUAUAAUAGUAACCUAUUUUUAUUUUUAGAGAGUGAAUUGAAUUCCUCAGUUAGAACAAUCUCAGAAAAUGAAAUUUCGUGUUGUUUUCUUACAGAUAUAUAAUAAUGUGUCUCUGAUUGUACUUGUUUUAUUUUUCUUGUGACACAGAAAUAUGAACAUUAUUGUGCCGUGUCAUUGUACCUUUCUGGAUCAUGUUACACAUAAUAAAUAUCUUCACUGACCUGUAUUGAGUUGAGUAUAUAUUUUUUUAUAUAUUUAUAAGUAUAUAUCAUUUUUUUGUUUUUGUUUUGUUAUUUCUUUAAUCUUUGUUAUUAAUAAUAAAAACCUAGAUAACAAACUAAAAGGACAACUACAAUAAAACAAAGACACAAAUGAAAUAAAGAGGUCAGGGCCCUAUGAAAUCUGUUUUUUUUUUUUUUUUCAUAAAUUCCAUUUAAAUGUUUCUAGACUAUUUUAAUGGUGAUAUAUAUAUCUAUAUAUAUCUAUAUAUAUAUAUAUAAAUAAAAGUAUGAUUAGCAUACAUUUUAUUAUUUUAAUGUACUAUUUAAAUAUGCACUGACAAAGAAACAUAAUAUAUAGAAUAAAACUACUAUAAUAGUAACCUAUUUUUAUUUUUAAAGAGUGAAUUGAAUUCCUCAGUUAGAACAAUCUCAGAAAAUGAAAUUUCGUGUUGUUUUCUUACAGAUAUAUAAUAAUGUGUCUGAUUGUACUUGUUUUAUUUUUCUUGUGACACAGAAAUAUGAACAUUAUUGUGCCGUGUCAUUGUACCUUUCUGGAUCAUGUUAAACAUAAUAAAUAUCUUCACUGACCUGUA